CGAAACCUGUCUGGGGUCAAUAAGAACCGAGAAUCUUCCUAUAAAGCACGCAUCGUACUUUCCACACACUUCAGUCCAACCAUGUCACUACAACUCGCGUCUCUGGCACUCCUCUUGUCAGCCACGUGCUCGUUCGGUAAAGUUUACGACCGCUGUCAAUUGGCCAAAGAGCUGCGACAUGUCCACGGAGUGUCCAUGGAACAACUGUCCACGUGGGUUUGCAUCGUGCAGCAUGAAUCGUUGUUUGACACUGCGGCUAUGAACCGGGGAAGUGGGGACCACGGGUUGUUCCAGAUCUCUGAGAUCUAUUGGUGUUCCCCUCCGGGUACCGGAUGCAACAGAGACUGCUCUUAUUUCCGGGAUGAUGAUAUCAGAGAUGACGUGCAAUGUGCGAUGACCGUACACAAGGAACAUUCUCGGUUGUCUGGGGAUGGGUUCACGGCUUGGGCGGUGUACCCCCUCUAUUGUAAAGGAGAUACCUCCAGAUACAUCAGCGACUGCUUCCAAAACGAAAUCGACAAUUCCAUCAACGUCAUCGAUGAAGCAGACCUUCCUCCUCCAGACGAGUACGGAUAUAACUUUCCACCACUUCCCACGUACCAAUCAAAAGCUGCUUUGCAAGCUGGUUCUAAAGUUUACUCCCGCUGCGAGCUAGCCAAGGAACUAAAAGAAAUUCACAGAUUUCCAGAGGAGGAGAUCUCAACUUGGGUCUGCAUAGCAGAACAUGAAUCAAGUCUCAACACCUCAGCUUUGGGUGCUGGAGACCAUGGACUCUUCCAAAUAUCUCAGCAGUAUUGGUGUUCCCCGAAUUCGAUAGGACUUGCUUGUAAUGCAAACUGUGCUUCAUUCAGAGAUGCAGAUAUUUCGGAUGAUCUGAAGUGUAUCAGAACUAUCUUCAACGAACACACGGCUAUAUCUGGAGAUGGUUUCAAUGCCUGGGUGGUAUAUCCAAGGUAUUGUAAAGGAGAUACCAGCAAUUAUGUGCAAGGAUGUUUUAGUCCUAUUAAGAAGAUCAGUGACAAUGUGAUUGAUAGAGAUUCCAACGACGUAUAUGACCACACUACAAUCAGAAACUACUAUGGAUCUACUUUCCCUACUCGAUAUAAAUCAACCACAGAGCAUUCCACAUUUAGAAGUAGCUACACACCUAAGAAUAACACGCUUGGAGCGUUAACGACUAGUUCAAGAAGUAGUCCUUUAUCUUCAUCUUUUUUAUCAACUAUAGGAAGAACUAGUACUUACAGGCCAACCACGGUUCGUCCAGCUACAACGACAAGAAAGAGUUAUUUUUCCUCGGGUGUUACUACAAAGGGGUUCUCCAAUUUUGGUAGUACUAGUAGGGGUUUCUUCGAUUAUGGUUCUACUAGUCCUCCUAAGAAAGAGUUAACCAGAGCAUACUCUACUUUCAAAACUAGUCCUUCAGGCGUCACUUCCAAUCGGAAGAGUACCUUUGGAGCGUCCACAUCUAAUCCUAGAAGUAGUACCUUCACCGCUACCUCUUUUGGAUCUUCUCCUGGAAGCACGUACACCUUUAAAAGUAAUGCACCUGCUCCAAUAACCACAACAAGAAGGAGUUACUCAAGCCUUGCGCCCAAAACUUCCACUAUAAGUAAUUCAGCAUUAGACAUCUUCAGACACGUUUUUCGAUUUGGUACUUACUAUGAUACUGCCUCGUCUAACCAAUCUCCAAGUAUAGCAAAAAAUGAUGUAACCAAAGAUCUGGUAAAAGACAGUACUCCAAAGGAAGAUCAAUCUUCUUCAACUGAAACUAUAACCCGUUCGAGCAUUGCCAGCUUCAGAUCUGCGAAACAAGUGCGUCCAAGGCCGACGCCAAAUCGACAAAGACCUCCAAGGCCUUCCCGACCUCAUACUAGACCUACGGGUCGACCUACACCUUCGGUUAGGCCGCCACCUUCACCUAGACCACCACCAAGACCGAUAUUUACUUUAUGGCCAACUUCUACCACAAAACCGGUAUCCACAUCGGUAUACUCGACUACUUCUGCUUACGCUACCACGUCAUCAUCAACAACAACACCAAAACCAGCAACAACGAAGAAACAACAAGGUUCUACAACGAUCGAUAAAACAAGGCCUACUAGACAGCCUGAUUUGGCACGUAGCGAGGAAAACGAGUUCCCGGGUUAUAUCUUCCAGAGGGCUGGAUUGGGUUUCAGGAUAUACUAUAAUCCGUAGGACGAGUAUUAGAAGUUAGAAAAUGAGACUCCUUCCAAUUGAAAGACUGCUUAGUAUUAAGUUUUAGUUAAAUAUCUCGAUUUAAUUUAAGGUGGACCUGUAAUGUUGUCGUUUCCGCAUUUGUUGUACGCUGAUCCAGAAUAUAUCCAUGGAGUUGAAGGACUGCAGCCUAAUCAAUCGAAGCAUGAGACGUUCGUUGUACUAGAACCACUCAGUGGAUUUCCUUUGCAAUUAGCUCAAAGGGUGCAGUUCAAUAUGUUUUUAAGACCUAUUGAAGGUGUAACUAAGCUACAAAAUGUUACUGAAGCAUUGGUGCCUUUGUUGUGGAUUGAACAGAGUACAAUACUGGAUGACAGGUUCAUCGAUAUGCUGAACACCAAGUUAUUCAAAACACUGAAGAUAGCGACCAUAAUCAAGUGGACCGUGAUCAUAUCUGGAGUAGCCUGCACAAUCUUAUCACUAUGCCUUUAUAUUUACAAACGAUGCCCUUGAUCUAAAAAUCGAAAUUAAUGCAUUGAAAUAGUUUAAAAUGUGUGUUUUUAGGUAAGAACCGCUUCAAAACUGUUUGUCUAGUAUCUAGUAAUAAAGUAGUGAUGUCGAAUAUCUGUACCACGGUCCAGUUUUUCUCUUAUCAUACGUACAGGGUGUUACAGAAGAUUUUCACGAAAAUUUAAUGGCUGUGUCGCUUAUUUCUGUCGGUCUGUCUGUCUGUCCGCUAAUUUUGGCCCGUCUAUAACAUGGAAAGUAUCGCUCGGAUUUUGAUGAAAUAUUGGUUCAAGAUUACUAAUGUAACUCUUGGAAAAUAUCCUGUGGUUUUCAUGUUCAUAGGAUUCCAUUGUCACGCCGAAUCAAACUACAUAUACUUUUAAAUUAUCUUUAUUGCACGACCUUUCGGCCACUACCGUGGUCGUUUCCAAGUACAUAAAUUGUCAUUAUAUGAACAGAGAUAUCUUUUCAUGUGAGGUGAACAACUAUCAAAGACGGAUAAGUUUGAAUGCCGUUAUUACGGAGAGCACUUCCGGACCUAUAUGUAUAUGAACUGUUUGCAUAUUUAUAUAUAAUAUAUCUUCGAUUUCCCUGACACAUUGUCUAGCACACUGUAUAUCAUGCGUACCUUGAAGAUGGUAUUUAUAUUUAGUAUGGUUUUGUGUACAGUAUUGGGAAUUUUUAGGAUCCGCUUCCUAGAGAGAAUUUGGUACCCCCGCUCUUCAAAAUGUUUUGCGGACUGAUGCACUUUUUCAAAAAUAAAAAUUUGCCUUUCACCGACCGAUUAUUAACCCCCUGGGAAAAAUUUCCGCAGGCACCCAUGCUGUAUAUCAAAUAGCAAUCUUUACGGGUCAAUCAAUGGAAUAUCUGAUUAACGUGAUGAAUAUGAAAAUACGUUUCCGUAGUAAUAUUAAAAUUUCCUUAUUGUAUUAACAGUUUUGUUAUGUUUGCUGCUUACAUUCAGUGAAGGAUCCCUAAUACAACGAAAUAUCUGAAGAGUUAACGGAUGCAAAACUGUAGGUUAUACGGGGUGUUUCAAACUCGACUCUCGCUAUUGGAAUCUCGGAAACGGUAAGAGAUACGAAUUCGGUUAAAGGCAAGUGAUAAGUUGCGCAUUUGGAUAACUAAGAAAACGACGCUGAGAAAGUAUCGCUAUUCUGAGUAUUCUCGGAGAUAGAGGGAGAAAACAGUUUUUUCCAAAAUCGUUUAAAUUUUUUCCUAAGUUUAUUUCAGAUGGGAUUUCAAAAUGAAAGGUACAUUAACAUUGCCACUUUUUCUACUCUACAAGAUGGUACAAUUAGAAAUCUUAGUUAUUACAACACAGAAUUUCCUAACUAAGCAUUGAAAUUAUUAGGUGGCCAUUUUUUUCAUAAUAUCGGCAGAAAAUAUUCAUUCAGUUCAUUUCCGACUUUAAUGAUGUGAUAUUGUAGAUAUCAUGACAUGAAUUGAUAUUAUAAAACUUCAGUUGGUCUUAAGCCAUCGAAUAAAGGAAAUUUAAUGUUAAAACAUUUUCAUGUCAUUUAAGGCUAUUAUUGAAAGGACUGUUAUUUUCCUUAAAUAAUAGAAACGUAUUUUACAGUAAAUAAAAACCUCGAUAAUAUUGUAGCUUCUUGAACACAUUUCAUAUCCGCCAUAUCUGAACCAGUCUACACAUUUUUCAUUCAAAUACUACUAAUCUAAAGCUGAGGUGUUCUGUAGAGAGCAUCUAUCGUACUGAAAUAACCCUUGUUUCAAUCGAUAGAAGGGCAAAAUAAAUUUCAAGACCAACUAUGUCAAUGUAUGACAUAUUUUACAUUUUUGAAAUCAUAAUUAAAAACUCGUUUACAAUCCAAUUUAGCGCCCAUAAUAAAAGAAAAAUUGAUUAUUGCGGCCAAGAGACGAGGCGUUAAAUUGAAAUUCUAAUUACGCCACCAUGUGGAGCAGAAAAAACGACAAUGUCAAGGUGCAUUUUAUUCUGAAAUCCAACCUCAAAUGAAGCCAAACAAAACUAAAAACUAUUUAGAGAAAAUUAAGUUUUUUCCUUCUCUCUCCAAAAAUACUGUGCUAUUUUCUUAGUUACCUCAAUGCCCAACUCUGCCCCAUUUAACAAACUUCGAAUAUCUCACCGUUCGCGAGAUCCCGAUAGUGAGAGUAGAAUUUAAAACAGCUAGUAUAUAAUAAGUAUCAAGUAAAAUUUAAGAAGAAAUUCAAUAUCUCAAAAACCGACACUUUUAUACAGGUAAGUUUUUCUUAUUUGCGAGGUCAGCCCACCCCUUAAGUUUGUCGUGGUACUUAUAAUAAGGUUACAAGUACGCCUAGACGUUGGUUGCUCUGCGAUACAUCUUUAACCCCCAAAGUUCAAACAUUUGAUACUGUUGAAAAAAAGCUCGGUAGUUGAAUUCUGAGCAAUGCCAACGUGUUGAUUUGUCACUUAAACACACAUCUAUGGCGUUCGUACAGUGAUACAUGGAAUCCAGACCAAAAGUUCGAUUUCUUUUUUAUUUUUUCAACGUUUUACAUUUGGCUCACUUUCCUCUUGUUAAUCUAAAUACCUCCUAAAACACUUUCUCACUGGAUUUCUUUUUAUCAUUUUCUCUGCAUUUGUCAUCAAUAUUCUUUUUCUAAUUAACAUAAAUUUGAAUUCAAUCCAGCGACGCAUCUUUCCAGUACUGAACGUAUAAAAAGUUCACCUUCUUAAUGUUAGUCCUGUCCAGAUUGAUUAGUUAAACACUAAAAUGUGUGUGCACCUAUGCACCAAUGCAAGUCAUGUUAUUUUUGUGGCAAGUAGGUUAAGUAGACAAUUAGUUAAGUAGAAUUUGGAGAAAGUGUUCUCCAAUUUUGUGUACUUACAGAUGAUAAUCUUGUAUUUGCAUUUCGUAAAUGUGUGCUAGUUGUAAAAUAAAAGAUAAAAAGUUAAAA